AUGACUGCGGCACAGUUUCACGAAAUCGUCGCCGACAGAUGGCACCUCGUUGCCGUGGUCGGCGCAGUCUUACUGAUCACCACCUACUUCCCAUCGCUGAUGGCUCUCAUUCGACUAUACAGCAUUCCGCUUGCCGGUAAAGACCUUGGGAGCCACGAGAAGAGGAGGACGGCAUACUUGACUGGUGCCCGCAAGAUCUACGGCGAGGGUUACCGCAAGUUCAAAGAUGGCAUCUUUCGCAUCACCACUUCGCGCAAAUCACCCGUCAUUGUGGUGUCACCCAAGUUUCUGGCAGAGCUGAAGAAGCUACCCGACGACAUUGUCAGCAUGACGGCAGCCGUGGACGAGACAAUGGAAGUCAAGUACACCCGCAUCGACACAUACGUUCCCAUCAUCCCCCACACCAUCAAAGCUCAAUUGACCCCUUCGCUAGUUCGCCUGAACAACGUGCUGCACCAGGAAGUCCAAGAGGCCAUGUCGUUGGAGCUUCCCGCGACGGAUGAGUGGAAAGAGGUCGAUCUUCACAAGGCUCUCCUGCGCAUCAUCGGCAUGGUGUCCGGUCGUGUGUUCAUCGGACCUGAGCUCUGCCGCAGCGAAGAGUACCUGGAUGCCGCCAUCAACUACACCAUGGAUGUCAUGGCCGCCCAGCGAGCCGUGCAGUCGAUGCGCCCGUGGCUCCGUCCCCUGAUGGCACCGAGGCUCCCGCAGGUCAAGAAGCUCGAUCAACGUAUCGCCGAGGCCGAGGCCUUCAUGAGGCCCGUCGUCGAGGCCAGGAGGAAGAUGGCGGCUGAUCCGAGCGUCGAGAACCCGGAUGAUAUGCUUCAGUGGCUCAUGGAUAAUCAGUCAAAGUUCUUGGAUUCGAGGAGCCAGAACCUCGCCAAGGCACAGCUGGGACUGGGCUUUGCGGCUAUCCACACGACUACUCUCACUGCAACGAACGCAUUUUACGACUUGGCUGCGCUGCCGGAUAUCGUCCCCGAGCUCCGGGAAGAGGCUCAGGCAGCGUUGGAUGCCAACGGUGGCGUCUUUACCAGCACCGCUCUGCAGUCAAUGGGGAAGAUGGACAGCCUCCUCAAGGAGACUCUUCGCGUCUCUCCCGCAUCUAUGGCCUCAUUCCAGCGCAAAGUUAUGAAGCCUUUCACCCUUUCCAACGGCCAGACCAUCCCCGCCGGCGUCACCAUCGAGGUACCCGCCGUCGCUGUCAACUCGGAUUGCGACGUCUUCCCCGACGCCGACCGGUUUGACCCCCUGCGGUUCUACAAUCUCAGGCAGCAGGCCAGAGAGAAGAAGUCGGUCGAGGCUGCGGCCCAGAACCAGUUCGUCAGCGUCAGCCAGGACAGUCUCACGUUCGGAUACGGCCGCCACGCUUGCCCCGGUCGGUUCUUCGCCGCCAACGAGAUCAAAAUGAUUGUGGCCUGCGCUCUCAUGAAGUAUGACUUCAAGAACGUUGACGGCUGCUCAACCAGGUAUCCGAACAUCGAGUUUGCGCACAUGGUGAGUUAA